GGCUCCCAAAUCUGCUCAAAUCAUUGUCACAAGCCAGUUAGAAGAUUACAAGCAGCAGCAAUGGAAUAGAUGGUGAGGAAACCUCUCUCCCGCGUCUAGACCAGAAACACGAUAGGCCCGCUAAGUCGCGCCUAUAAAGCAGCCCUCUCCCGUCCGUCGGCAGUCCCAUGCUUGCUAUUUGAGGGAGGAGAUCGCAGGUGCUUGAUUAUGAUAAUUCAAGGACAAGAGGGAGGUAGUAUGGAAUGUCACGGGGGUAGUAGUGUCACCCCCGGGAACACCUUCCAUCACCAUGACCAGGUGACGUAUCAUAAUUAUACAGACAAUCCAUAUUCGUAUUCCUUUCCUGGAGGUUCUAGUGGAGAAUUUGGCGAAUGUUGGAACCAGUUUUAUAACGCCGCGACAUCGUUCUCCCCCACCCCCAACUACGAGCCGUACCCCCAGCCCCAGGGGCAUGUGUGCAGUGGACAGUUCCAUGGAGACAUCCAUAUGGGAGAGUAUGCAGCGCAACUGGCCUUUCAGUCUUUACCCAACAAAAUGUACCCGUCAAUUCCCGUGCCAAAGAUGCCAGACAUUCAGAGAGAAGGUGCAACCGAGCGGGAAAGGACACGGAUGCAUAUGCUCAAUGACGCGUUUGACAGUUUGAGGAAAGUGGUGCCAAAGUCCAACUUAAGCGAGCAUCAAAAACUUUCAAAGAUCGCCACACUUCGACUGGCGAUUCAUUAUAUAUCAGCUCUGGCGAGCAUUCUGAAGAGCACAGGUGCUGAGAUAAAAAUGAUCAAGGACAUGACGACGGGGGGAGACAGGAGGGGGAGACGGAGGGGCGGGAGGAAGAGGAAACUGGUGGACAGGCCCGGGGGACAAGUUAGACCCACCCCUGAGAUGAACGACAACACAUUGCCCGUGUCUACCAUCAUGACAGGUGCUUGUUUGUGAUGUUUCUUUGUCGCAGACAUGAUGUCGACUGAUAACACCGAAGACGUCGUUCAAGACGUCGUUGACAGAUAUGGACGUGCCGAAGAAUUCCUGAAACUGAGUCUGGAGCGGAAUAUUGACUUGACACUGAGUUUAGAAAUGUCAACUUUUCUUGAAAGUCGUUCCGUGGCAUACCAGACACGUAACUAAGGGUGAAAUCAAGGACUCGUCCCCAUCAACAUACCGCCACUGUAGCACGAUGGGUCAUCGUCGACGUUGAUGUCACGGACGUUUUAGCGAAGGACACAGUUACAUUUUCAUGGAAAUUGUGUCAUGUGACGCAAUGUGAUUGUGUUGUCACGGUAAAUGUAGGAAUGACCUUAUUUGUGCAUGUUUCAAUUUUGAGAAAUAUUGACUCCCACCAUCUCAAACUGUCCAAAACCAUAGUUUUGAUAUUUAAAUUAAUUUUAUGUAAAUAAAUAUUUUGAGAUA